CCCGGCGGCGCCCAGGGCGCGGCGCGGGCCGGCGCUGAAAGUUGCGCGCCCGGCGGGGACCCGCCGCGGGGGGACCCCGGCCCGCGGAGACCCGACCCCCAGGUCGCCGCCGAGGGGGCGGGGCCGGCCGGCCGCCGAUUCCCGGGGAGGGGGCGCCCCGGACUCGCCUCCCGCGCCCCCGACGCCGCCCGCGCCGCGGGAUGUAGCGCCCGCCCGCCCGCGGCCCCCCGGACUGUCGUCGGACCCUGCGCCCCGCGGCCCCGCCUCUGCCCAGGUGACCCACCCCGCCGGCCCCAGGCCAUGCACGGGCACAGCCGCAACGGGCAGGCCCACGUGCCCCGGCGGAAGCGCCGCAACCGCUUCGUGAAGAAGAACGGGCAGUGCAACGUGUACUUCGCCAACCUGAGCAACAAGUCGCAGCGCUACAUGGCCGACAUCUUCACCACGUGCGUGGACACGCGCUGGCGCUACAUGCUCAUGAUCUUCUCGGCCGCCUUCCUGGUGUCGUGGCUCUUCUUCGGGCUGCUCUUCUGGUGCAUCGCCUUCUUCCACGGGGACCUGGAGGCGGGCCCCGCGGGCGCGGCGGCGGCGGCGGCGUCGGCCGCGGCGUCGGCGGCGGCGGCGGGCGCGGGGGGCGCGGCGGGCGGCGGCGCGCCCCCGGCCGCGGCGCCCAAGCCCUGCAUCCUGCACGUGAACGGCUUCCUGGGCGCCUUCCUCUUCUCGGUGGAGACGCAGACCACCAUCGGCUACGGCUUCCGCUGCGUGACCGAGGAGUGCCCGCUGGCCGUGAUCGCCGUGGUCGUGCAGUCCAUCGUGGGCUGCGUCAUCGACUCCUUCAUGAUCGGGACCAUCAUGGCCAAGAUGGCCCGGCCCAAGAAGCGCGCGCAGACGCUGCUCUUCAGCCACCACGCCGUCAUCUCGGUGCGCGACGGCAAGCUCUGCCUCAUGUGGCGCGUGGGCAACCUGCGCAAGAGCCACAUCGUGGAGGCGCACGUGCGCGCGCAGCUCAUCAAGCCCUACAUGACGCAGGAGGGCGAGUACCUGCCGCUGGACCAGCGCGACCUCAACGUGGGCUACGACAUCGGCCUGGACCGCAUCUUCCUGGUGUCGCCCAUCAUCAUCGUGCACGAGAUCGACGAGGACAGCCCGCUCUACGGCAUGGGCAAGGAGGAGCUGGAGGCCGAGGACUUCGAGAUCGUGGUCAUCCUGGAGGGCAUGGUGGAGGCCACGGCCAUGACCACGCAGGCGCGCAGCUCCUACCUGGCCAGCGAGAUCCUGUGGGGCCACCGCUUCGAGCCCGUGGUCUUCGAGGAGAAGAGCCACUACAAGGUGGACUACUCGCGCUUCCACAAGACCUACGAGGUGGCGGGCACGCCCUGCUGCUCGGCGCGCGAGCUGCAGGAGAGCAAGAUCACGGUGCUGCCCGCGCCGCCGCCGCCGCCGCCCAGUGCCUUCUGCUACGAGAACGAGCUGGCGCUGCUCAGCCCCGAGGAGGAGGAGCUGGAGGAGGCGGCGGCGGCGGCGGCGGCGGCGGCGGCCGCGGCGGCCGCGGGGCUGGGGCUGGAGGCGGGCGCCAAGGAGGAGGCGGGCAUCAUGCGCAUGCUGGAGUUCGGCAGCCACCUGGAUCUGGAGCGCAUGCAGGCCACGCUGCCGCCGCUGGACAACAUCUCGUACCGCCGCGAGUCGGCGAUCUGA